CUUAGAACCGAACUCUUCGAUUGUGGACGUGCUAUGGACGUGCUUUUAAAAUGGUGUUGUCAACAAUGAGAAGGAAGAUUUUUUUAUAGUGUUCAUAAACUGUUAACAAAUUUAGUAUUUAUUUUAAUUUAGAAUAAGUCUAAUUUUAAUAGAUAAAAUGAACGGUCUAAGUUUAAGUGAAUUGUGUUGCCUGUUUUGUUGCCCACCAUGCCCCAGCAAAAUAUCAGCCAAACUAGCCUUCUUACCACCUGAACCCACAUACGAAUUCGUGUCAGAUGAAAAUGGAAAAUAUACUUUUGCAUUGACCGAGCGGGCGGAAUGGCAAUUUUCAGAAAGAGAAAAAGAAAAUAUAGAAGUAUUUUUCACAAGUACAAACAGACGAAAUCGUAUAGCAUGUCUUUUCGUUAGAUGCAGCAAUACUGCCAGAUUUACCAUCUUAUUUUCACACGGGAAUGCAGUGGAUUUAGGACAAAUGAGUAGUUUUUACCUUGGUUUAGGUUCACGUAUUAAUUGUAAUAUAUUCAGUUAUGACUAUUCGGGGUAUGGUGUAAGUGCAGGAAAACCCUCAGAAAAAAAUUUGUACGCUGAUAUAGAUGCCGCCUGGACGGCACUAAGGACUAGAUAUGGUAUCAGCCCUGAAAACAUUAUACUUUAUGGCCAAAGCAUUGGCACCGUACCUACUGUUGAUUUAGCUGCUAGAUAUGAAGUUGGAGCUGUGAUAUUGCAUUCUCCUCUCAUGUCCGGUAUGAGAGUAGCCUUUCCUAAUACAAAAAGGACUUGGUUUUUUGAUGCCUUUCCCAGUAUUGAUAAAGUUCCGAAGGUCAUGUCACCUACUCUAAUAAUUCAUGGGACUGAAGAUGAGGUAAUAGACUUUUCUCAUGGGCUAACGAUUUUCGAAAAAUGCCCAAAAGCUGUAGAACCCCUGUGGGUGGAGGGUGCAGGCCACAACGAUGUGGAGCUGUAUUCAGUAUAUCUAGAGAGGCUCAAGCAAUUCGUUCGAUCAGAACUAGAUAAUGAUAACUGACAGUUGCAUCCAGGAGAAGAUGUAACUUUUAGUUCAGGUACAUCUAGUUCGGUAGCUGAAAAACUACUUUAGCUAGUGGAAGCAGGAUCGACAACCAUUUCUCCUGAGUCGAUAUCCUGCACAAAAACUUUUGUUCCAUUAACUCCUACAAAAUGUUGCAGUGUGCCAACUGAAGCGCUGUCUCAGUGCCACUGUAUGUUACUUGAGACCAUUUGCUAGCCACUUUGGGUAUUGGACAAUUUAUCUAAUACUAUUUAUCAGGCCUAUUCAUAGUCCAUAUAUAGUCAAUUUAAAGGAUUAAUAAGUUAAUUACUUGAGGUUUGAUGGUAUGUGACUGCUAAUAAAAACUGACCCGACAUGUAACAUAUAAAAUAAAGGUUUACAUUUCUGUUUUCACUUUAGACGUUUUGUCAAAAUCGUCCUUUUUUAAAUUGGAUCAACUAUAAUCUCUAGAAAAAUAUAUCCUUCAAGGAUUACUGCAGUAAUAACGAAUUCAGUUGGUUGCAAGAAAGUUAAUUAAAUAUUGAUGCUGUGUUAAAUUCUGUUGAAUCUUGAGAAUGUGAUCUUUGACUGAUAUGGACUCCAAAUUAUCCACAGUCUAAAUAACUGUCAAACAACAGAGCAUUAAUAUUUAACAAAAUGUGCUACAUGCAAUUGUUGUGCUUCUUUUAUUCAAUAUUUCAAUUGAUUGCUUUUAUCUCCAUUCUGACACGCCCAUCUCUUUUAAGAAAUGACAUUCUACCUCUUAUGACCACUUUUAUUAGUAAUUCUAUCGUGUGUGGACAUUUAUGAGUAAAUUACUUUCAGUCAUCUAUACUGAUUGAUCUAAAUGGAAUAAGUCAAUACUUCCUAUUAGUGUCGCUCAUAAUAUAAAUUACAAAAAUACCUUUUUUAGUGGGAAAAUAAGUAUAAGUCGACUUAACAUUCAUACUCCUUUGCCUACCCACACUUUUCAUUUAAUUGUGUGCUGUCUAACAAUAUUUUACGUUCCUAUAACUCUGGUUUAAAGUCCAUGCAUACCCGUCGGUAGAUCAGGCGACUGUCUUGGAAUUAUAAUAAAUUUGCUAUUUAAGUGGUUUCUCAAAAGAAUAAAGUACAUUUGAGGUGGCUAAAGCCAAAAUUAGUGAAAGACCAAUAAAAAUUCUACAAACGAAAGUGUCCUUGCGUUUUAACUUAAAAGUUAUUUAAGGAAUAUAUGCGUUCCAUUAGUUAAUUCUGUUAUUUACGACACGUGACAUAGCUAAAGUUAAGUCUAAGUAAGUUUUAUCAGCUUUACAAAUCCUUAUGCCGUCCUUGAAAAGCAAGAAUGGAUUCGCCCUAAAAAGCUUCCAUACACUUUGUAAGAAGCAAAAAAAGUAUCCUCUUCUUGUCAAACUUAAUUUUGACUUCAAAGUGAUCUAGUGGUGGGACAAUUCAAGUGUGUUGAAAACCAAGUAGCAAAUAUUUGAGGUCUCCAAAGCUUGCUUUAGUCUCGAACUCUUGAAUUUAAAAACCAUUCUUGUGUUUAAUAACUGAUCACAGAAGAUUCUCGAAUGCUCAUUCAAUAUAGUCAGUUACUCAGAAUUCAUCAAUCAUGUUUAUACUGGUUUAUACGAAUAUACGAACACGAGCCUCCCUUCCAUGGAUCUAGACUUUGUUGAAUGCAAAAGAUUCGAUUUUGUCGCAUCACUAGUCUGAGCGUACCUUAUCAGAUGCCUAAUCUGUAAAGACACGAAAUUGGGUAUUCCAAACAAAAUGGUUGCCUGCUGGCAUUGAUAUAGCAACCCUGUGGGCCUGGUGGAUUUGACAGGGUCUUUGGUAUAGAUAGUUUUUCAAAAUAAACAUAAAGUUGAAAUAAAAAUGUAGAUAAUUAUUUUUUACUAUAUUCAGUGGCAGAAAAUUGUUUUUAAACACUUUUUUGCUAAACCAAUUCUGAUUAAUGAGCACUUACGACUCACUUUGAGCAAUCUAUAUAAUUAUUUAUAUCAAAGUCUACAGGCAGCAAUUUUGACAAGUCGUUAGAAUGCCUAAUUUUAUGAAAACGGCCGUUCUUAGCGACUUUUAUGACAACUGAAGUACCAGUUCUGUCAAAUAGGUCAGUGACUGUUUUAGGGUUUACUACUGGAGUGCGUUGCAUGGCGUGUCUGGACCCUAUUCUAAUGUAUGUGGUCAGACGCACCGUGCGAGGUUUCUAAACGUAGUCGUUUAGUUAAUAAUGUUUUUUUGGUUGUCCUUUUUUUGAAAAAUGCAUUUUGACAAAUCGUUGAAUAGUAAUUAGAUAAAUUGUUCAGAACUCUUAAUUUGCAUUUUUUUACUGUAAAUAUUGUUAAUUGUGGACUUAUUAUCAAAUGUGAAUAUCUGAAGACAAUCUUUCGAGUGAUGCAAUAUUUAGGGGAUUCUAGAAUACAUGAAAACUUAAGUUUUCUUUUAUCUUACCUCUUAUAGUUUUUAAUUUAAUUUUAAUUUAUUUAUUUAUUCAUUAUUCUUCUAAGAGAUAUACGAAAGUGUGUCUCUCUUUGUGGGUUUCAUAUUACUUAAGAAUUUCGUUACUUUUAUUACAUGUAGAACUUAAAAUGUUUUUGUAUUUUUUUUUUUUUUAAUUGUUUGAAAUUAUAUUUCUUUACUUAAUAUUUAUAUGUAUAAUGUAAUCUUAUUGUACUUUAUUACAAAAACCUUCAAAUAUAGAAAUAUGAAAUCUCAGUGCAAUUACCUAUAAAAAAUACUAAUCUAAAUAUUCAUUAUUCACCAUUACAAUACACUAAAAUAAAAGUUAAUAGUUUGUACUUAACUUUAUAUUACUUAGUAUUAUUAAAAGUUAAGAUAUUAAAAUUUAAAAUAACUUAAGUUGCCUGUGAUAAAGUAUCUUAUUAGUCAGUUUGAAAUAAAAUCAAAAUCAAUUUUGACAAAUAAACGUUAAGCAAAAUAAAUACUUUUUCUAUCAUGCACCCAAAAAUAUUUUUAAUAAUUUUUAUUUUAUCAACAUUUUUUUAACAUAAAAAUACUGUGAUCUUGUUCUUAAAGCCUCAUAUAUUGAGUGAGUAAGAGUAUGAGAAAUGUAAUUUUUAAAUUUUGAGUAUUUUUAAAAAUUAUAUGCCUAACUAAUUCAAUGAUUUGAGAUUAUUACAUUACAUCGUAAUAUGUUAAAAAUGAUUAUUAAAUGUUAAGCACAAUGUUUAAAAUUUGAUUAUUUGAAACAUUUGUUUGUAUACAUUUGAUUUCCAUUUUUUAUAGUCCAGUUAAAUGUGAAAAAAUAUGUGUUCAAUUUUCUGGGCAAUAAAACUUAAUAACUGUUAUUAGAUAGUUUUUAUUUAAAUUGUGCAAUUUUUUAUAUGAGCGUGAUAAAUUUAAUUAGUUUUAUAGAAAAAAUAAGUUUUCAUGUAAAUUAAUGGACUCAACACAUGUCGUUCACAUUUAUCUGUGUGAAUUUUAAAAAGUAUAUUUUGUUGGGUCAUGGAACCCUAUCUCGAUAUUUAUACAGUAUGUUCCAAAGUUUAUCUGUUUUUCUGAUGCAGUUUUAAAUUCGGUGUAGGUAAGUUUCUGAAUUUGAACAUUUGCAAUAGGUUAAAUUUUGAACAAUCUGAUUUUUUUUUCUUUAUGUAUGAGUCCCAUAUUAAUCAGUUGUAAAGGUACUUAAGUAAGUUAUAACUUCCUCAUAAAAAAAAUUAUUUUCAUUUCAAUGUUUUUAAAAAUAAUAAAGUUUAAUUUUCUCCUACUCGUUUAGAGGAAACUUUAAAAAAUAACUUACUUAAUAUGAAAUACCAGAUAACUUUUCUGAGUGUACGAAGUAAAUAUUAUGUUUUAAAACAACAAACUAAUAAAAUUCUAAAUAGAUUUAAGACAACUACUUAUCGUAUCAUGCAUUUAGCUCAUUAUUUUUAAUUUAAUAUAAAUUUUGUACAAAUGUAUUAAAUAUUUGUUUUGAUAAAAUUGUAUUUAGUUUGAAUUUGUGCAAGUGCAAAUAAAUUGUACCAACAGGUAAGACUAAUGAAAAAAGUAUUACGCCGUUAAAGUUUUGUAUUAUGUUCGAAAAAUAUCCAAAAAAAAAAGAAAAUAUGAAUAUCAACCCUUAACGGAUAUAGUGAUUUUUGAGUUAUAUAAUUCACAUUGUUUUGCGUCAGUGGCGCUCCAAUCUUACUACAGAUGUCCAAAAGUAGUAAAUACAUUCAUAGCAAAACUUUUAUGGGUACUGAAUCUGGACUGUAAGGUGACAGCUCAAUAAAUCAACAAUUUUGACAGGGGCGUGCGGUCCAUGGAAGCGGGGAAAGUACCGCUUCCCUACACUUUGAGAUUUAAAAAUAAAUAUUUUUCAGUUUACAAUGCAUAGAAAUUAAUAUUAAAUUAGGUACUAUAUUUUCUCUGAAACAUUAUAAACUUCGUAAAUGUACUAACAAUUCAUUGGUGUAAUGAGAAAAUUAAUUGUGUAAACGCACACACCAUAUAUACUUCGAGUCCGUCGGCGGAAGCGCGUCUUGAAAAAGCCGGCUCAUAUUCCAAUUGAUUUCGCUUCGUGUUAUUGACUCUGCUUUGCCGCGAAUUUGCUCCGACGCGAUGGAACUACAAUGGACGUUUAUUGCAAACAGUGUUUCAAUACCGUGAUUCUUUGAUCCAUUUUUUUCAAGACGUUUGGGAUAAUAAACAAAUCUGAAACUGUUACUGCCGCUAAAGGGUAUUUGCAUUGGCUUAAACAAAACUUUGAUUUCAAUUCUUUGCUCAACAUUUUUGCACAGAUUUUCCCUUUUACUGACAUUUUACAGACAAAGUCAAAUGACGUUGGCUUUUGCAUUAAACAAAUUGAUGAUUUUAAAAUAAAAUGAAUAAAAAACGAGAUCAGUUUGAACACUUUUGGAAUAAGACUCAAAACAUUGGCUUAGAACCUGAAAGAAAGGGAAUUGGAAUUGAUAAUGUCGGCGACAGAGAGACCUCCUAUCGUCGAUUAUACGCCGAAAUUUUUGAUAAAAUUUUACAACAAAUGAACUCUUGAUUUCAAAACUUUAACGAAUUAAAAUUUGUUGAAUUGUGCAAUUUUAAUAUUAGUAACUACGAUUCAUCAAAAUUUCCAUCGGAAGCUUUUAAUUCACUAAAAUUAAAGUAUGGAAAUUUUUUCGAUAUUCCAGCAUUAAAGUCCCAGUUAAGUGUUGUUUAUGAAACAACUAAAAUUAGUCACAAAAAGACCCCCAUCAAUGUGUUAAAUUUUCUUAUAACAACUGGUUUAAAUAAGUCUCUUUGUGAAGUCGUCAAGUUGUGUGAAUUAGUACUAACCAUCCCAGCCACAAGUGCGUCAGUUGAGCGAAGUUUUUCAGCUUUAAAGCGCAUCAAAAGUUUUAUACGAAAUUCAAAAAGUGAAGACAGACUCUAAUUUAGCCCUAAUAUCCACUGAAAAACAGUUUGUAGAACAGUUAUCAGAAAAUCCAAAAUUUUACGAAGAUGUUAUAGACAAAUUUGCAGCCAUUGAGGAUAGGCGAAUAGAUCUUAAGUAUAAAUAAAUGUUAACUGUGCGAAAAAUGCUCGAAAAAAUAAAAAAAAACUUCAGUUAAAUGUUUUUUUUUACGUUUUUUAUAGCUUUUAGUACUAAACUAGGAAGUAAAAUAAUAGUAACAUUUCAAAAAUCUCAAACUCGAAUAUCCAUAGUACUGACGAAAAAAAGUAAGAUUUUGACAAAAUGGUGAAUGCGCCGCGAAAAUUUUUCGCUAUGCUUACUGGCCUGCUGUAUUUUUAUGCAAUCGCUUCCCCUUCCAAAAAUGUCACCGCACGCCACUGAAUUUUGAAUAAUGCAUUGAGUUGUGAGUCUUACACAUCUUAAACCCUAAAGAAAAUCUCCAGUAAGAUUGUUUUUCAAUUAAAAAAAAAAAAAAACAGCGUAACAUUAAAUUGGCAAGAUAUGGUUUUAGUGAGGAUAAUACAUUUUGUGGGUAUAAUUAGAAGCAUAAUGUCCAUCAAAACGAUAACUAGGUAACAACUGAGAAAAGUAAAAUGGGGUAACUUAGAUCAAAAUGAGUGGUUUUUCAGAGAAAAUUACUGUCCCAGACAAAAAUUCUACAUUGAAGUUUGUCAUAGUAGCGAGACAUUUAAUAUAAAUAUAAAAAUAUUUUUCUAUAAUUCCUGCUUAGAUCUGAAUGGUUUAAAUGAAACAAUUUUGGAUAUUUUAGAACUCGAACAAAAUACUAUGGAAAUUAGAAGUUUAUAUUUUAUAUCAAGUAGUGAUAUUUCUUGUAAACUUCUCGUAAAUUUAUGUUUCUAUUUUCCAAUACUUUAUUGUAAAAAUCUUAAUAUGACGAAAUUAACUCGUAUAUAAGCAAAUUACAAAAGUCAACACAAUUAUUUUUUGAUUAUAGCUGCAAAUAUUUAUCAUGUAUUAAUAGGCAACUCUACUAGUUUAUAGUUCUGUAUAUUUGUUUAUAUUAAAAAUUCAAAAUCUAGCAUGAAAUAUCUAUCGUUUUUAUUUAAUUUUUUUUUCUGUAAAUAGCUUGAAAAUUACUUUUACACCAAACACAUUAAGACAUUAUUAUAUUUAUAACCCACAGGAUGUUCAAGUUUUUUUAAAAAAUUAUCUUUCAAAUAAUAGAAGAAAUAUUUUUGAAACACAAGGAAUAUGCUGUAAAUAUUAGUUACCAGAAGAAUUCUUUUUCAAUCAUACGAAAUAAAAAUAUUUUCGGAUAAGUAAUAUUAAUGUCUUGCAAUGUUCUGUCUAUAUUUAAAAAUAUGUUUCAUGCUAUUGUCAGAACCCAGCUGUUGCUGUUAAUCACUGUUAUUACUGAUCGUGUGAAAGAGGGUGAUAUAAAGGGCAUCAUCAGUUACUUACAAUGAAUGCUAAAUAGCAUACAUUUGUUUACCAGUUACACGUUCUUUGGAUUUUCUAGAAUUAAAAAUUAUUCGAUAAUGUAAAAGCAAAUUUAUGUAAUUGUGAGUGUAAUAUAUAUUGGGACUUUUUAAUUUUAUAAACUUCGAAUAUAAGGAGGAUUUCGACCAGAUCGACAAAAUGAAGACCUUAACUUCAAAAGAGCCUAAAAGUAAUGAGUAAAAUAAAAAUUUUAUACAUAUACAUUCGCCAUGCUUAUUUUAAUGAUCUACUUUUAAGAGUUUGAAUUUAUAAAAAACCCACAACUAAUAAGUAGUCGUAAAUAGAGCUAAGCAUAUCAGGAUGUUAAUUAUCCCUGUAAUGGAAGAACAACUACAAUUUAUUUUCAUUCCAGUUAGCGGAAUUCGAUUUUUGAUUUUUCUUUUCGAAACCAAAAUCUUGUUUGUUUUUGCAAACAAAACAGUCGAAAGUGUGUCCGUUUGGUGUGAAUCCACCUUAAGAGUUCUUUAAAUCCAUCUUGUUUAUGUAUUGUAUAAUUUUUAUAUCAAACAAUCUAAUAAUACAGAAGCAUCAGGUUAUGGUACAAUAUUUAUAGUGUACAUAAAUCUGCUGUUUCUCACAAAUUAAUACUUAUAGACAUUUUGUCAUAUUAAGACUAGAUUACUACACUUUCAAUAAAUGUAUUGUUUAGCAGAAAUUAAAUUGAUUGAAUCAAAACAAGAUAUUAAAUAUCUUGAAAUCUAUGGCAAUCAAGUAAUUUUUUGAUGUAAAGAAACGAAGGCAUAAAGUUAAAAUGAUCAAAAUAUUUUAUUGCGAAGAAACAAAACAAUAGUGGCAUAGCAUACUCAAAAUAGAAUUAAUAUGAAACAUUUUUGAAUACCGAUUCUGCUACAAUACUGCCUUGAAUGAAUUUUUAUUGUGUAGUUAUCUGAAUGAAAUAAAAAAUUAUAUUUUAUGUAAACAUAUCACUGUGAAAAUGGCUUCUAAGAUGAAACAUUCAGGUUGCAUAAAACAGUAAGAGCAUAAUUUUUGUUGACUUAGAAGUAAUUUUGAAAUAGUGCUUGGCAAAACCGAUUUGUAAAAUUUUGACCUGAAAUUUGGAUUUCUGUUGCUACUUUUAUUUUACUUAAAUAAUAUAGGAUAUAAUAAUUUGCUCUUAACACUGAUAUACCUGAUAAAUCGUGCAAAUAUAUUUUUGUUCUUCUGAAAAUAUUCAGGACAAUAAUGUAACUGAAAAUAUUUGUUUUACCUUUUCAAAGAUACCUAGUUGGUACUUUACUAAACCCAUGUUAUAUGCCCUCAGAUAAAGGUUUUUCCAGUUUUAUAAAAAAAUGUAUUAAUAAAAACGAAGAUUUA